AUGGAGAUACUCACCAUCCAGUACCAGCUCAAUGGAGUCAUGGAAACGGUCCUCAAAACCGCUGUGCAUGAGAUCAAUCGGUUGGUGAAGGACAGCUUCCUGGAGGAAGUGACACAGAGCAAGCAAGAAGUGGACGUCUUGAAGGAGAGGCUGCAGCAGUCAGAGGAAGGUUGUGUUAUCAAACAGGAGAUGUUCCAGCCAGGUGGACCCAGCGCUCUCCCAGAGAGGGUCCACGGGAAACGGCCACACCCAGCUCUUCCUGUGUCUCUGAAAGGAUGGAAGAGACAAAGGCCCAUGUGGUCCAUAUCAAAGAAGAGCCCAAUGACUGGGGGGGACUUGGUUUCCCAGAUGAUCACAUCCACAGUUUCCCCUAUAAUCAGCCUGAGUCGUCAACAGAGAUUGAGCUCACAUCAUGGGGGAUGGACCAGGGAGCCUCUUCCUCCAUUACCAUUGACCAGGAAGGAGCAGGACCUUCUCCCAAGGUUAGUUAUACCCACCCAGGAGACAGAGCAUGCUGUGGGGGCCCACGAGGACAGCCCCUACGGCCUGAUGAUCAACAUAACGGCAGAGCUAGGGGUCAAACCCUUCAGCUGCCCACACUGUGGGAAGAGUUUCCCUCAGCUCCGAAACCUGAAAGACCACCAGAAGUACCACCACACAGGGAAGGCCUUCACCUGCUCCCAGUGUGGUAAGGGCUUUGUGUUCAUGUGCCACCUCAGGGUACACAUGCAGUGCCACACGGGGGAGGGGCCAUUCAGCUGCUCUCAGUGUGGUAAGAGCUUCAGCCUUCAGAGCGGCUUGGAGAAACAUUGGGUCCUUCACACUGCAGAGAGGCCUUACAACUGCACGGACUGUGGGAACAGAUUAUAUUCUAGAGUGGACCUGAAAAUACAUGAACAGAUUCAUGCAGCAAGGUAG